AUGACAUUCAGAUCCAGGCCUUGGCCUUGGCCCUGUUUCGUGUUGCAGGAGAUUGGCAAUCGCGAGCUGCGUCAUUUUAUGUCACUGGCCAAUCCCCCGGCUGGGACAGCGUUAUAUCGUGACAUUGAGCGGCUGAAACAGGAAUCUGUUCUUUAUAGCUUUGACAUUGAUGACACUGCUGAGCGCCAAAGCCCCAGAUUUGGCACUAGCCCAUCCUUUGAUUCAUUUGUACCUCCCCUUUCGGUGUGCUCUAGUGAUUUUGAAAGCGGAGAUUGGAAUGCCAGAUACUUUGGCGGCGACACUCGAUCAUUUAGGCUGCACCAGAAAGAGGUGCUUAGGGCUAAAAAUGUCGGCGCCUGCGGCGCCCUGCAGCUAAGGAUAGUCCUCGACCCCUUGCAGAUGGGAUACCAAGAUAUAGAUGACAAUACAAUUGGGGAAGGUUCGAUAGUUAUAGAUAACUACCAAAUUGGAUCGCUAAUCGGACAGGCAGCUCAUUCUGUUGUAUUUGUUGCUAAAUCACUGGACUCUGGCGCAAAGGUUUGCGUCAAGGUGUCGCUACAAUGCCGAGAUUCUGUUGCACUAUCCCUUGCCGAAAUACAGGCGUUGAAAUUGAUGGCUGCCGCUUGCAAAUGCGACGAAUACAUGUUGGAAAUGCUUGACUUUUUUUUCUACCGUGGCCGUGUAUUCAUGGUUGCCGAGCUUUUGGGACCAAACUUGUACGAGCUGUAUUCUGGGCGAGCCACGCCAAACCACGAUUGUGGGCUUAUUGGACGCGUCUCAGAGGGUGGUGGCCCUUCUGCCCUUAGCAUAGAGGGUAUUUCUAUUGCGGCUAGAUCCCUGCUGAUCGCAUUGGCCAAGCUGCAGGAUUUGGGUCUAUUCCACGGCGAUAUAAAACCAGAAAACGUAUUGGCAUGCUGUCGUAAUGGCAAAUGUAGCGUAAAAUUGAUAGAUUUUGGUUCUUCCCACUUUAUUUGUGAGGAUGUUAAUUGUUAUCAACAGAGCCGGCCUUAUCGGGCGCCGGAGAUGGCCCUGGGCCUCCCCUACGACACCAAGGCCGACCUUUGGUCCCUGGGUGCCAUGCUGGCUGAGCUGUGGGUUGGUAGGCUUUUGUUUCCCAGCGACAACAACGCAACGCUGGUGUCGUCUAUCAUCUCCCUGCUGGGCGAUAUACCGCAGUACAUGGCCAGCGCCUCCACCGUCCUUUUGGGGGACUGCUCCUUCUUCAUCUCCGACGGGUGUGUGAUAGAAUUGUACGGCUCUUCCGCCGGAAGGCUGGCCAGACCCCAAAAAUCGUGCCUGCGGACGCUCCUCCGGCUAGCUAGGCCGGAGGGCUGCGGCGACCAGACGCUGGACGAGUUUCACGACUUGUUGACCAGGCUGAUGGCGCUGGACCCCACCAAGAGACCCGACCCCGGGGCACUGCUGGACCACCCCUUCGUAAGGGCAGCACCCUGA